CUUGAGCGUCAGACAACUGUUUCGCUUUCCAGAGGAACAUGGCGGUGAGCUGCAGAUCUGUGCAGAGAACAGGACACGUUCUGUACAGGUGCUCUGUCUACUUACACCAAGCCUCCAGGAGGUUUUCAGAAAGCAGCGACAAAGGCUGGUUCCGCUCCUUAUUUGUGCACAAGGUGGAUGCGAGGAAAGAUGCCCACUCCAACCUGCUGUCAAAGAAAGAGACCAGCAACCUGUAUAAAAUCCAGUUUCACAACGUCAAACCCGAGUGCCUGGAUGAGUACAACAGCCUGGAGGCUGAAGUACAAAGAAGACUCCAUCAGGAUCAAGAUUUCCCAUGUGAAGUUGUUGGAAGCUGGAAUACCUGGUAUGGAGAGCAGGAUCAAGCUGUGCAUCUGUGGCGAUAUAGAGGAGGCUAUCCAGCUCUGACUGAAUGCCUGCAGAAAUUAAGAGCCAACAAGGAGUACUUGGAGUUCCGGAAAGAGAGGGCUAAAAUGUUGAUUUCAAGGCAAAAUCAGCUUCUUCUGGAGUUUAGCUUUUGGAAUGAACCUUUACCAAGAAAAGGACCAAACCUCUAUGAACUUCGCACCUACAAGCUCAAGCCAGGAACCAUGCUGGAGUGGGGCAAUCGCUGGGCAAGGGCAAUCAAACACAGACAGGAAAACAAUGAGGCAGUGGGAGGGUUCUUCUCCCAGAUUGGUGACCUGUAUGUUGUUCAUCAUUUGUGGGCUUAUGAAAGCCUUCAAUCUAGAGAGGAAACAAGAAACUCUGCCUGGCAGAAAGAGGGCUGGGAUGUUAAUGUGUAUUAUACAGUGCCUUUGGUGAGGAGCAUGGAGUCUAGAUUAAUGAUUCCUACCAAGAGCUCACCUUUACAGUGACACGUUGACUAAAACUACAAGCAACUCGAUGACUAAAACUUACCAUCAUCCUCCCCCACAGCUUAAUCAAUGGCAUGCUGAAUGAUUUGUGUUGCAUCACUAUCUUCCUAUGUGCACUCCAGCCAGUUGUUAAAAAUUAUACAGUGGUUCAUUGUUAGGAUUACAGAUACAAAUAUUUCAGAAUAUCUGUAUUUCCAGACAACUUGUCAAUUAUUUGGGAAAGCGUGCUUUAAAAACACUGACAAAGCUUAAAAGGAAUUAUCCAGAUUGAAAGGGGCACAGUAUGUGUCAUUUACAUUUAAUUAUAAAUGUGUAAAAAAAAAAUCUGUGAGUUUUCAAAGUGAAAAACUUUGAAUAUGAACUAUAUGCUGAUUUGUAAAAGAGUAUAUCUGUGCUCCUCAUUAUCAACAUAUCUCAGUGUUUGAGAUGUGCAGAAAGAUCUGGAAACCACAUGUGCAAACUUGUACUUUCUAUUAUGAAUAGUUUUCAAAAUAAAAGUUGACUUUUGUGGCGUUUUGAAAACAUCGGCAACUCACUUGAAUGUACAUUCAUAAAUAAAGCUGAACUGU